AACAUUUUUAUUCUCUUAGUGAGAAUACAGCGUUCAAAAGCCGUAAAUAUAUUAUACAAUUGCUGGAAACAAAUUGACCCUAUACAGCGAGUUUUUCAAGAAUUUUUCAUUUAAAAAGAUUAGAUGAGUAUAAGUUGGGUAUAGAUCGUCUGCGUUGCGCCUGUGUCGUUAUAUUUUCGUAGGUUCUCACCGCCGUCAGGGUGGCGUGACGCUCAGUGUGCAGAAUUUCACCCCUAACAGAACACGGCAUGACUACAACUAUGCAGUUCCACUAUUUAAAUUGACGGCGUUUCUAGAGAAAAACAACAAACAUAAAUAAUUUGUGACAACUCUUGUUGCAACUAUUAGAAUGGUGUACUAUCCCAUUUAGGAAGGUAAAUAUAUUCGGUAAAAACAUUACCACGUGACUUUAGAUGAACGUUGUUUUUGAAAAAAUGUGAGUGAUGUGAGUUUUUUUUGGUGAAAGAAUAAAUUGAGGAUAGCUUAUUUAGAGUGACAUAAUGUCUAUAAGGCGGAUUUUUGGGCUGGUUGCAGUUGCGCUGCUUUCAAAUACAGUAUUGGGAGCUCAAACAGGAGCUUCAAAUAGUGGCAACGCUUUAACAGAAAGUACUACUAGAGGUCCACAUUUUGAUGCAGCAGCGUCAAAAAACGUCACAGCACUUCUUGGAAAGACUGCUUAUCUAAACUGUCGAGUUAAAAAUUUAGCUAAUAGAACAGUGUCGUGGGUGAGACAUAGAGACGUGCAUCUCCUUACAGUCGGUCGAUAUACAUAUACAAGCGAUCAGAGAUUCAGGGCCAUCCAUCAGCCUCAUUCUGAAGAUUGGACGCUUCAAAUCAAGUAUCCUCAACAUAGGGAUUCCGGUGUAUAUGAAUGUCAAGUCUCAUCUACGCCCCAUUUAUCGCAUUUCAUCCAUCUUACAGUUAUUGAACCUGAUACAGAAAUCGUGGGCGGGCCUGAGCUAUUCAUUGAUCGGGGAAGCACUAUCAACCUCACCUGCGUCGUUAGACAUAGUCCCGAGCCGCCGGCCUUCAUUUUCUGGAACCACAACGACGCUAUAAUUAGUUACACUAGUUCUCGAGGUGGCGUUAGUGUAUCAACGGAAAGAGGCGAAACUAGUCGAAGCGUCUUAUUAAUUCAAAAAGCCAAAGCUUCAGACUCUGGAAACUAUCAGUGUAACCCUUCCAAUGCAAGACCGGCCAAUGUCACUGUCCAUGUUUUGAAUGGUGAACAUCCCGAGGCGAUGCAACACGGCGGCAAUCAGAGAAUGGGUCCCUCUUUGGGCGCGUUAGCGUUCAUUUCCUACGUUUUGUUGGCUUACUGUUAACUUCUAGACCCAUUAGUCGUCUAUUGAUAACGGCUACUGUCGGCAAUGUGCGUGUUAAUACUUAACAUUUGAGGAAAUAAUUCCCCUAUCGUCCUGUGGUGUUUCAUCAACACAUUUCUCAGUGUAAUAUUGUUUUGUUUAUGUCACUUUCUCGUUGUACUUAUGCUUAACGAUGUAUGAAUUUCGAUUCAUCAUCUUUUAUUGGUGGUAAUUAGAAAGCGAAUUGUACACUAAGAACUUUAAUGUGAGUUGCACUAAGAAAAUUUCACUCUUAUGCAACACUAUUUGACGAUAGGGAAAAUCUCCCGUGUUUAGGUCCCAAUUCAAAAUGGUACCUGUUUUUUUUUGUAAAGGGGUACCGCAAGAUGACGUUUAUUGUCCUAUAAAUAUAUUUUUUUAAUAGUUUCUAGAAUUAUCUGUAACUAAAUUGUAUGAGACUUGUUUUGAAUAUGUCAAACAAAGGUUUUACAUUUAUAUAUAUAAUAGUUCUUAAAAAACGUAGAUUUCUGUCCUUUCUAAAUGAUAAAUAUGUAGAUAAUCCAUGCAAUAAACUUCAAGAGAACAGAACAUAUUUCCAAAAAGGUGGCCAUUGGUACCUUCGUGUCUUAGCUGGAUUUCUUCUACUUAAUUCAUUGAUAGUAGAAGAUGACACAAUUUUUGAUCAAAGAAUUCGAAGACUUCUUGUCAAAUGAUCAAUUCAUCACGAAUUGACUUUCUACUUACAUUGUCUUCAUCUUUCUUCUUCUGCUGUCUAAAUGUUGGUUACGAAAGUCCUAAAUUCUAAUUUUGAAAACGAAUGUCUUGACACUACACUUUCAACUAUCGUAAAUCUUUAUUCGAAUAAUCUGAUGCUGAAUCUGUCACAAACAAAAUAUUGGAAAUAUAUGGAAUUGAAAAGUUUGAACAUUUUGGUGGUAAAUAAUUUUACUGACACGUUUUUUACCUUGAAUAUUACGUUUCAAUUAUCAUUAUACAGAAAAUUAUUGAUUUUUUUCUAUUUAGAUCAAUUGUUUGCGCGGAAAAUAUCAAUGGGGGAAAAUCCGCAGAUGAAAGUGAAGAUUUCUAUCUCUUUAUUUAUCGAAAAAAACAACUAUUUUCUAAAUUUUUGUCUACAAUAUAAGUACACAACAAUCCUCAUCCCAUUUCACGAAUACAUAUUAUUACUUUAACGUACUUUCACAUUUAGGAAAGAUUGUUCUUUGUCAUUUCGUUUUAUUUUUGAAAUAUCUUCUAGAUGCCUAUGAAUUAUCCAUCAAUUUUCUCCUGUAAUGAUGAAUUUAUUCAAUAUUAAAACUGGAAAUGCAACAGCAUGAAAAGUGCCGAAAGGAAGCAUGUUUUCAAAUAGAAAUUUUGCUAGGAUUCAUUUGUAUAUUGUAAAUAUUGGUUUGUGUAAUUUUGAGUACAAAGAAAAUUUUUCAUAACGAUUUAUUGAAUUGUAUUCCUAUGUAAUAUAAUUUGAUUUUUUAUUAUAAUUGCAACUAUAUUGGAAAUAAUAUACUUGAAUUUGGAUAAUUUUUUUAAUCUGCUGAAGUUAUAGGUGCUAAAUAAUUUUCAAUAUAUUUCGCACACACUCUUCAUAUUGUAUUGUAUUAAAUUCGAAUUCAGUGGUACAUUUUUUGUAAUUGUAUUAACAAUGUUUCAAAAUUAUCUAACUGAUAUUCUCAAUUAGCUAGUAUUAAAUAUUAACUACAUGCAGAGGAUUCAAAUUCUAUUAAUUAUAUUAUCAGGCACUCGUUACAUUAUAUUCCAUGUUGAUAUGGAAAUUUUUGCAAAUGUUUAUCAUACCAAAAGCUUAUGUACUUAAUACGAUGAAAUAUCCAAAUAUCUAAUAGUUUUUCUUCUGGAUUUUGUUGAAUGACAAUGUAAAAGUGAAAUUUAGAUAAUGAAGAAAAAGACACAGAAUAGACGUGAAACAACAAAAACGAGAACAGAUAGGAUAACAAAUUAUAGAAAAGCUUAAACAAAAACCACUAGAAAACAUAAUAGUUACAAGACGUUUAAACUGGUUCGGACACAUGAAGAGAAGAACACCAUAAAUCCUAACAAGACGACUGAUAGAAGCUAAAAGACAUAAGAAAAGAAGGUGAGGAAGACUCAGAGAAACGUGAUUUUCAAUAAGUAGCACAGAGAGGAGCAAAAUAGGGAAAAACAAUGGAACAAAUGAAUGGAGUACCAGAUGAUAGGAAAUAGUAGAAAAAUGGUUGAAGAAAGAGUAAGUAUGUUAAUUCUCUAAGGCAUAAGGCAUUCUAGAGAACAAAAACAAGUUUUUUCUCAGUCUUUGUCAGUAUUAGAAGCGUUUUUUAUUGUGGUAUGUAACAUUACCUCUGAAAUAAAUCAAUAUGUCGAUUCUGACAUCAUUAAAAUAUUUUUACUUCGAUGAUCUCGAUGCAACGGUAUUUAUUAUGUAAAAUGAGGAUUAUUUUCACACACCUGCUUUAUAUUUGUUAAUCCGUAUAUAUUUCAAUUUUUGUUUUUGGCCUUUUCGUGUAUCUACCUUUCUCGAUCUUGUUUUAAGAAAUGAUGCGCGUUAGAAAUGUUAAUCAAAAAGCAACUGCAAAUUCAAUGAACUAAAUACCACCCAGUAAGCAGAAAGGUACAUCAUAUUCAUCGUGUGCUUCAUUUCAGUUUUGUGAACCUAACCUAAAUUAAAAAGCCUUCGUCCUUAAUUAUUAUUUCCUUUUCUCUAUAUUCAUAUUUAUUGUUUUUUUUUCCAUUCACAGAACCAUUUGCAGCUUUGUAGGGAACGUAUAUUUUCUCGUAAAUUGUGUAUUUUUAUUUCAGUUUUAGGUACACUCCUUGACAUACAAAAAAUUAUGAAGGUAUAACUUUUUCAGCCCACCUCCAGAAGGAUUAUGAAUCUCACAAAUGUUUUAAAAUGAAAAAGGAAUUAAAGUGAUAUUUUCGAAAAUAUACUCCUUAAUGAAAUAUUUCAUAUGAAAUAGUAGUCCAAUAACAUGGGUUUUCAAAUGCGUUUCCUAAUUUUGAAUACUUCGAAGUGUGUCUAAAAGACAAGAAUUCCUUCACUGGAUACGAGUAAAAAGAAUUAAUAAAAAGGUGAGAUAAACAAACGACGAGAGAAGUUGUAUACCUGUUUACCUUAUAAAAAAUUUUUAUUUCAAGUUUUUAAUUAUUACCAAUAUUUAUACCAAAAUUAGGGGGACUAAAUUUCUUGCUCACAAUUUUGGAUUUUGCGAAAAUAUUUAAAGACUUUAAAUUUAGCAAACAAAGUUAUAAUGAAUUCAAAUUUUGAAUUUCCAUUGUUAACCACAUUGUUGCAUAAAACAUUUCUUCCAUUUAUUAUUUUUUAAAUUAUUUUAUAAACUGCUCACAAGCAUUCAAAACAAUGUUUCUUAGGCCCAGUGCUUAAGAAUGUUCUUUAAAUCAUAAUUUUCAAUCAACUUUCUUUGAACAACUAAAAAGCUAUCAUUAUCUUCGAUCAAAUUUCACUCAGUUCAAAAAAUGAAAAUUAUACAAAAUUAUCCAGAAUUUGCACUUGAGGACCCAUUUUCUUGAACGAUAAGAUAAGAAAUACUGAUUUCUCCCCCUUAUACUACAACAGAACAAAAAAUCAACAUAAAAAACUCAAAAUUAUUUAAUUCGCCAAGUUUUAAAAUGGAAUGAUAUCUUGGAAUGGCUCGAGCUUGGGAAAUUUUUUGUUUUAGAAAUAAUUCCAUAUAUAUUUUUUUAUACGGCACCCUGUAUAAGUAUGUAGUCUCGAAUAUAUAUAAAAACUCUCUAUGAAAAUGAGAUAGUAAAUAACAAAACAAGCUUUUUCUAGAUCUCAAAUAUGUGUAAGAAAUUGAUUCAACAUAAUGAUUGAGCAAAUAAGAUGUUCAAAAAUAUUUUCCACAAUUCAUCGUAUAUAAAAUAUGAAUAUACAUCGAUCGAUUUAACCACUCCGAAUAAUUGUACUGUAAUAUAAUUAUAUUAUUAUUAUAUAUAUUAUAUAGUUUAAUUACACAACCAAAAAUCAUAAUCUAAAGUUGAAAUGAUGGUUGUGGAACCGUUAUGAAAAUAUUGUUAACAACCUGCAGGCAUUUUUUGAUAAAUUCCACGUCUCCUUUAAUUAGUUCUUAAAAAAUUCAUCAAAAUAAUACCUAGUAGCUUCUAAACAUUCCCUACAUUUCAAAUAUAUCUUUUACCAUUAUUUUGUCAGUUCUUCUUUAUCAUUUUCUCUUUAAAUCCCUUUCGACAUAUCAAACUUCUAUUUAUUUCAUUAUUUUUUCUGUUUUAUUCUAUAUUGAUUUAAUACCAAUUUUCCCACUUAUUUAACAGUAAGAAAUUUGUUUUGAUUUAAUUCUAACAAAUUGUUUUGCUACCGAUUUGGUCUGUGCAUUUUAAUUAUAAGUUACCCAGUGUUUUCAAUUAUAGUCUAAAAUGUAAUUGGGAACUGUUUAGUGAAUAUAGAAAUAUCUUAUUACUACUAAAAAAUUUGUACUGAACUAAUUAAAGUUUUAGUUGAGAACUAUUUUGCAUAGAGUUUCGUGCGAAUUUUGAAACGAUGCCUGUCUACUUGCGGAGCCCCUUCGAGAAAAAGAUAAAGCCUGUACUCUGGAACCGUACUAACAUUGUGUUAGAAGUUCCCUUAGGAUCAACUGAAACUUCUCAACACUAUCUUCGGAGUAUAACAUUUUGAAAUAGGAGUUGGCGUUGAUUAAACGUUUACGAAAAUUAUGAGACUUCAUUGUUUUACCCAUGUCAAGUGUCAAAUUAUGAUUUUCGAUUUAAUGCGCAGAUUUGAUUGGAAUAACAUUGAAAAUAAAUGAGUCAAAACUAAUCAUUAUUCAAAAGUAUUGAUAGUUUUUUGAAACGGUAUCAUUGGAAUCAUUAGAUUGCUUUUUCUCGAUAAGAAAAAUACUAUUUUAUGGUCUAUGAAAAUUAUUUUUUGAUACGUGAGGCAGAAGUCAUAGGGAUCCAAAUCUGGCGAAUAGAAAGAAUAUUGCAACAGUUUUCACUUUCAUUCUCCGAUUUUCACGAGGAUAUUUGGAAAGGGUGCAGUUAAGAAUUAUUUUUUAACUUAAACCAACUAUUUUUUGACGAAUUUUCUAGUUUUUCCAAAUAAUUACAAUGAAACUUUACGUUUAUUGGUUUAUAAGCAGAUAACCAACAAAAUUUCUUAUGUAUAUUGAAAAAAUUGAUACUUACACCUUAAUCAUCCGAUUUUUGAAAUGUAACUAUUUUUGAAGCUGAAUUACCAGGUUCCUUAGUCUCAUAUUUUAUUUAUAAAACAAUACAAAAAAUCAUUGUUUCGAUAGUCGAGCAAGCGGCACUCAAUUUUAAUAGAUCUUUCUCUUACCAAAGAUUUCACCCCUAUCGAGACUUCUUUUGUAUCUUUUUCGGAUAAUAAACGAUAUUGCAUUAUCAUAUCUUGGAUUUUUACUAUUAUUUCUGGCGCAAUUGCACUUGAACGCCCUUCACGUGAAUAGCUUCUAUGACCACCGUCUUUGGAUGAAAAACUGAUAUCUGAGAUAAACUCUAGAUGUAAACUCCUUGGUGAGAAAUAAAAAAGGAACUAACUACAAAAGCACAAAUAGUGUGCACAAAUUUCGCAGGAAAUAAUGGGGGUAUAACUCAAUGAUCCUGCUAUGGAUUUAUGAGCGAUAGUGAGACGAAUCAUCACGUAUAAUAGUUGCGGAAUCAAACCUUCAUAUGACCUGAGCCCUUUUGUAAAAUCAACUGAAAAAUGAGAUAGAUAGGGGUAAAAACAGUCACUUGACCAAUCUACGAGGUUUGAGACAGGGAUACAUAAUCCUAGGAAAAUAUAACCUAAGAAGAUCUGUUGAUGUGUCAACCUAAGUAAGAAAAAUGAACGUAUACAAAUAGGAGCCCUUCCAAAGAACGACUUUUCUUGUGUUAGUACACUAUAUUAAAGUGUUCCAAUUCUAUAGAAAUACUGUGACGCUUCAAUUUUGAUUAGAUGGGCGUAAGCGGAUAACCGAUUUACAUUAAACUUGUUCCUAAAAAUCAUGAGAGGACCGAAGCGAAGAGGCUAAUGAUGCCUUGACUUAUUGAAUGACAUAUCAUAUUGAACAACCUAUAGAAAUUAUCAUUUUAUUUACUUUUCGAUGAAAGUUGUUCCGAAUAAUUUGAACAAGUUGAAAAUGAACUAUCCGAUGCAAUAAUUUUCGCUCUUCAAUUUCCCCAACAAUAUUCGCAUUUCCAUGAGAAUUUAGUAAUAAGUUGUUGCAAUACUGAUAAUUUUCUUGUGAUACCUCUUUGUAUUAAUUACUGGAAAUUGAAUUCAAUAAUCCACCGUAUUUAACAAAUACCAAAACAAUAAUCAGAUUCAAAAAUCACUGAUUCAAAAAAGUAAAUUGUAGAUACUGUCCUCGUUUACAUAAUAGCUUCAUUACUUCAUCCUUACAAGAAAUAGAGAACAACAUCAACUUUAUUUGAAACGAUAUACCAAAGAUGUUUCUAAGGAUAUUUAAAUUAAUCGUGAUAUUGCCCAAAAAAUUCCUUUUCAAAUAUCCCCGCACUAUAACAAGAAACGCCAUUGGAGAGGCUGAGAAGUUUUGAUAAUAUUCCUGUACUAUACCUGUGUAAAUGACCCGACAUUUUUUCUACAUUCCUCGUCCCCCUAUUUGACUUCUCGUUUUAUAAUUUUAAUGCUUUGUGCGCAAACGUAGUAAGUAAAACAGUAAUUUCAUGGUUAAAAAUUUUUGACUCUGCAUAUUUAAGUUAUGGAAUUAAUCAAAAUAAUAUAUCUCACUAACCGUUAGUAAUAAUUGCAAAAAAAUGAAAAAUAAAAUUAUCAAACUAAAUUGGAAUCAGAAAUGUUGUAUACCUGCAGAUGAAUAAAUAUUAUUUCAUACU